AUGAGAGCGUUUGCUGAAGCCCUUAUUACGGCUUGUUUAAAGGAAUCUGUGAGGUUUGAACUAGGUCUCUUCUCUCCGGUUCUAAAGGAAAGAAUCUAUGGUGAGGAAUCUGCCUCGUUCACCAAUUCCUCUGGUGUUACAGUUAACCUUAAUCUUAACUCUUCCCACCAAAACACGAGAAACACCCUUGUACAGAUUUUGGACGGAAACGAGAAAGUAGCUGAAAUCCUUGCCACUGAAGUACACAAAGCAGUAGAGCUAUCUGAAGAUCUAAAAACCCAAGUAGAAGAUCUUGAAACUACAGAGUUGGAUAUCUCCGAUGUUGGUGUUUGGAUAGAUCCCAUUGAUGGAACUUCACACUAUAUUAAGGGUAAGGAGAAACUAUGGAAUGGAUAUCCUGUUUCUGGGCUAGAGGUGGCGAAAGUUCUGAUAGGUGUGUACAAUUGUACAACUGGUGCGCCUAUGUUUGGGGUUGUCGGGUCACCUUUCAGUGCAACCUGUCACCUCGUAUUUGGAUCCACCCAGCCCGGUCAACCUUUACUCCUGGAUCCUCCAGGUCCUCUACUCCAUCCCAACCUUGAGCUAAACCUGACCCGUCCCGUCCUGGUGGUGGGUUCGUCAGAAAGCUCGGAAAUAUUGGAGAAGCUUAAACCUAGGUUUGAGAUAAUAUCUGCUGGUGGUGCAGGAAAUAAACUUAUGAUGGUUCUGAUUGGUACCGCAGAUCUGUACAUAAAUUCAUCCCCUUCAGAGCUUCCAUAA